AUGCCCGAUCCAGAGAUGUGUCGCGACUUAACGCGCCUGGGCCGACUGCCCAAGGGGACUGCGGAUAUCAAGAGAACCACCAUCUCACCCCGUGGGAUUCUGCGACAUCCUCUCAAUCGACAACGGCCGCGACGAAGGCGCCUAUCGCUGGAGCCUGGGCCAAUCACCAAAACACAAACGGCCCAUGCUCGCUCAUUUUGGUGGAUCACCCUGCUGUGUCUAUUCGUCUUUAUAUCACCCACCACCGCAGCCCUCAUCGACUUCAAUAAUUGCCUGCCCACAUCCAUCUUGAAAUCGGACCCCUUGCAGCUCCAAUUCAUACCCCUCGACGUCUCCGCCACAUACAAUCUCUCCGAUCCCCUCCACCCGCUCAAUGUCACAAUUUACGGCAAUGUCUCUGGAACGACCGAUGGUUCGACCUAUAGUUAUUCCCCUAGUGACCCCCGGUGGACAAAUUCCUCGUCGACAUACGGCAAGAUUUGGGAUCUGGGGACAACGACCAACAAGUACACUACCUUGUUGACGGACUUUGACGUCCUGAGUUAUGUGCCCUGGCAUAAUGGAACCCCAUUUUGCUCGACCGUGAACCAAGGGGAAUGCCCGCUGGGGCCGGUCUUCAAUGCCAACAGGAGCGACUUGCGAACGCUGAGGUCCUUCUCUGUUCAGCAUGAUAUGGCUUCUACCUAUCGAUUCUCGACCAUCACUCCCAAGUUCACCAUCCUCCUUGGCGAUGCCGCCGUUUCCGAGCUCGCCUGCAUCACAGUGCCGAUCACCCCGGAUUUCGGCACGCCGCUCAAAAAUGCCCUUGGAUACGUCCCCUUGGUGAUUCUGAUCAUGGUGGGAGUGGCGACUCUGCUAGCGUCCAUGUACACACCCUGGGGUACGACCGAUAUCUUUCGGUGGACGAGUAAUUAUGGUCGCGAUGAAGAUAUCCUCCGGCUAGUCACCCCCGGCUUCGCGGACUGCCUGCAGUAUCUGCAGUACGUCGUAUUGACCGGGGCGCUCUCCCUAGACUACCCUGGAUUCUUCCAACCGGCUGUGAGCCACGGUUCGUGGUCAACCCUCAUGUUCAACCAGAGCUUUGUCAACGGAGGCGGCAACAACCCCGUCCAAGAUGGUAUCUAUGCGAUCAACGCCACAUACGGACUCGAUCGGAUGAACCAAUUGGUUGGAAUGGGCAGCACUCAAGAUAUGUGGCCUGGCAUGAUGAUCUGGCUCCUCGUGAUCCUGGGCUGUAUCACGCUGCUGAUUCAGUUGGGGUUUGCUUUGCGCUGGCUGCAUCGUGAACUCGCCCACACCACCGAGCAGGACCUGCGCGCCAAAAAUAUGCCGUUCACCAUCGGCAACAUCAUCCGCAUUGUUUUUAACUAUUUUCUCCUUCCUAUCAUCUCCCUCUCUUUCUUCCAGCUCGUCACUGCGAGUGGCUCCCCUGUAUAUAGCGUUGCCCUGGCGGCACUCGUGAUCGUCAUUCUUCUCUGCUUCUCCAUAUGGAUGGUUCGAGUCAUUGUUUCCACGCGCCCAAAGUCCCACCUUUUUGACGACCUUCCUACUGUUCUUCUAUAUGGUCCGCUAUAUAACACCUACUGCGACGAUGCCGCUGCGUUCGCCAUGGUCCCGAUCUUCCUCAAUUUCGCCCGUGGUGUUGCCAUUGGAGCCCUGCAGCCGUCGGGAAUUGCCCAGGUCGUCUUGUUGGCCAUCUGCGAAGUGGUCUCCGUGCUGACGAUCAUCGCAUUCCGACCAUACCCUUCUCCGACACACAUGAACCUUUAUCAAUGCGUCUUCUCUCUCGUUCGGUUCCUCACAAUCAUCCUCAGUGUGGUUUUUGUGCCUUCUCUGACGAUUUCCUCCGCCGCACGAGGCUGGAUCGGCUACGUGAUUCUCGUGUUCCAUGCUUUGGUUCUGAUAUUUGGGUUCUUCCUCAAUGCCCUACAGGCCUUGAUCGAGGUCUUGGCAAGAAUGGCCGGUGCUGGUGGUUCCACCCGUGGAGGUCUAUCUAAAGUCUUUGGCAUGCGUCAGCUUUCAAGGCGUGAGGCUCGUCAAGGUCUCUCGCGCCAGAGUAUGGGCUCGGAGGCUGCCAUGCUGGCUAACGUCGAUGGACGGAUGUCUUCUCAGUGGGAAGGAUCUCGGCCUCGCAGUCUGUCCGGAAGCUCGGCCUUGCUGUUGAACCGUGCCACCGCCAGUGAAGGACGUGCUAGUGGCAUCCUUGAGUAUGCAAGCUCGCAAGGUGGUGGCUCACAUAGCCGUGCCCCCAGCGCCGGUAUCUAUGCUAACUCCCCGACUGCCUACACUGGAGCCGGUGGCAUUUCACCAAGCAGCAGUACCUUCAUGGGUGCCUCUCCGCGCGAUCCCUAUUACAGACCUCCUAGGCCUGGUGCGGCACGAAGGUCUACCCAGCCUGAACCUGGCGAUCGGUCGAAGAGGAACUCUCGCAGAUUCUUAAGCUUAAAGCACAGCCGUGCGGGUGACGCUGACGAUGAGAUUGGAGAGGGCGUCCCCAUGUCUGGUCGGGGUACACCGGUGCCUGCAUAUCUUCCUGCACCCAAAGAUGACCUGGAGGUUGAAGAUUCUCAACAACCAAAAGACUACGCAGUCCGUGAAGUUGACUUCUACUAUCGAGUCCGUGGUCCGCCUCUCUCGCACAUGGGCACUCGGAAGUUGAAGACAGGUCCUGCCGACCCCACUGGGCCAGUGUCCUCCGCCACGGGAUUCUUCCGUGGUUUAUUCCAGGGAAAAACUAAAGACAAGGGCAAGGGCUUUGAGGUCGUGCGAAGCGCCCGCGCCCCUCCACCUGGUCUAUUCCCUGCCGAGCGCUACAACGAAGCGCCAUACCAAGACGACCCCGAGGACCAAGUGGCCAGUGAAACCCCUGGCGGACACUCUCGCAACGUAUCUGCGGGUGACGAGACGCCAUAUCGGGAUUCUGAAGGAGACAACACACCAAAGCGAAGCGAUGCGCGCGCCCCAAUUCUCCCUCAAGUCAAUUCCGUCGGCAGUAUAGAGCUUCCUAGCCGAGUGGGCUCUCGUCGCACCCAAGCAGCUCCCUCAGAGCGUGGUGACGGCGCCACUACGCCAGAUCUCCCUACAGUCGCAGAAGCCGCCUCGCCAACUCGAAGCACCCCAGACCCCAGCCAUCUUCAGGCGGAAUCUCCUGGGACCGCACGUCUGCCUUUCAGCGGAAGCAGCUCGACAUCCCGAGAACGCGGCGACUCCCUUGCAUCAACCUCCAAAUCCAAUGCAUCGAGCCACCGAACUGGCCGCGAGGGAUCCCGACGAGACCGACCAUCUAGCAUGGGCUAUGUCGCACAAUACCGCACGAGGGACAACAUACACGAAACCAGUCCCGAAGAAACUUCUUUCACUGGGAGUCAAGCAGAACUAGUGAUUGAACAGCUGCACCGUGAAAACACCCAUACCUCAUAA